UUAAUCGAAGUAGAAUUCUUUCGUGGGCAGGAUUGUUGCAGGCACGACAUGUAGUUAAUUAUUUUACCGCAUUCAACUGCAGAUUCAUUUUCAAAGAAUCAGACACAUAGAGAGCAACACCUGUAUCCCAAAACUAGUGCGAUAUAAUAGCUCUGUUUAUUCUUUGGAAAAUGCGUUUAGAAGACUCCAAACGAGGUUGUUUUAACCUUCAUUCGAAGCAGGAAUGUCUUAGAGAUUGGCAGUGCGCUAUGCGGUUUACUUUAAAAAGGCAACUCGGAACAAACACUUCAGUUUAUCUGAUUGUCAACAGAGUUGGACGGGAAAUCUAAUCGGAAACAGAAGCUAUAAAAUCUUAAACUGAGGGGAGAGACAAAGACUCAGUCUAAACAUAUCGACGGCUUUUAAUGUGAACAUUUUAACACUUGCCCUGUAUGUGGAUUGAUUUUUUUUCAGCAUUCCCUCACCCGAUGGAUUUUUGCCAUUGCAGCUCAGCAGAGGGUGUCAGAUCUUCCAGUGAGCACCAGGCUAGAACGAACGGAGUCUCUUGGUUGCCUUCUUCGCAAUUCAAAAUCGGGAAAAGACAGUACUGGAGACACUAGAAGACACCGAACGAUGUGAGGAUUCUGAGGUAUCUUUUUGCCAUGCAUUGUGAUCAGCAUUAAAUCUUCGGCGUGUGAAUUCAGCACCAAGGAGAAAGAACAGCACCUCGCUGCAUGCGUCGCACCGUAAGAAAAUCACGGAUUUGUAAAAUUGCAAGGUCAGUCAUCGAAAACCUUAAGUCAAAUUUAAUGAUGGGUGAAGUAACGUAUUGUUGCUUUGGGUCAUUUUCAAAAAUCUUGAUGGGGGAUUGAACAAAAGGAUUCUCUUGAGCUGAUGCAUCUUAUGGUCAGUUUUACCAGCCUACGCCUGGACAUAGCCAGCUAUAUGGACAUGGAUAUAAUUACGGACUGUCGUCUUGUUUUUUAAGAGUGGUGAAUCUUUUUUGAAUCCCAAACGCAUAUUCACUCGCUGAUUGCAUUCAUGUCUUGAAAUCGGGGAUGAAUUGUUCGUAUUGAAAAUGCUUCUUUGGAUUGUGUUGCUGAAGGCGGCUCUUUGUGUUGCUAUUGGAAAUGUUACAAGGGACGUUUGUAAGGAGCAGAUCUGCUCCUGCAAUGCAAUAGAAGGCGAUCUGCACAUUGACUGUGAAAAGAGGAGCUUCAGCAAUCUCCAUCAUUUGACUGGUCCGAGUUCCCAGUUUUAUCAUUUAUUACUCCACGGGAAUUCUUUGUCCAGACUUUUCCCCAAUGAGUUUGCUAACUUUUACAAUGCUGUCAGUUUACAUUUGGAGAACAACGGCUUACACGACAUUGUCCCUGGCGCCUUUCUCGGACUGCAGCUUGUCAAACGGCUGCACAUAAACAACAACAAAAUACGGUCUUUUAAAAAGAACACGUUCCUUGGUUUAGACGACUUGGAAUAUCUCCAAGCUGAUUUUAAUCUACUGAGAGACAUUGACCCAUCUGUGUUCAGGGACUUAAGUAAACUUGAAGUUUUAAUCCUAAAUGACAACCUUAUAACUGCACUUCCUAUAAAUGUGUUUCAACACGUACCCAUCACGCACCUUGACCUACGGGGAAAUCGAAUAAAAACGUUGCCUUAUGAAGGAAUUCUAGAACAAAUACCUGGCAUAGUAGAGGUUUUAUUGGAGGACAACCCCUGGGACUGUGACUGUGACCUGGUAUCCCUAAAGGAAUGGCUGGAGAAUAUCCCACAGAACGCUCUUAUCGGGAGUGUCCUUUGCGAGGCACCAACACGACUGCAGGGAAGGGACUUAAACGAGACAUCAGAGGCAGACCUGUGCCCUUCAAAGAACGGGAUAGACUCGGGCAUGGAUGCACCUCCCACCCAAGACGAGAUCUCCGAUCCUGGACCCAGUCCAACGCCUUUUAAAAACGGUGGUGACACAGAAUCCGAAACUCCGGGAAAUAGGCAUAAGCACGAAAACUGGCAGCGAAACCCACAGAAAACGAAACCCACUGCUAUGGCAACGGGGACAGGGGAGAAGGACCAGCUGUCCAACGCAUCCUGUCCCCACUCAUGCAGCUGCAAACUGAUCGGGACCAGACAAGGACUCGGGGUCAACUGCGAGGGCAGGAAAAUAGAAAGCGUGGUCAAUUUAAAACCGAAACCCAUUAUUGCGCACGAGCUGAAUCUGCGUGACAACAACAUUCACACUGUGAGAAAGAACCACCUCAAAGGCUACAACAGUCUCAAUUUACUUGAUUUGGGGGGAAACAACAUAAAAACGCUAGAAAAUGGCACUUUCCAAAAUCUCACUGAGUUAAGGUGGCUGUACAUGGACAAAAACUACCUGGAUACAUUAAUGGCGGAAAUGUUUGUGGGACUGCAGAAUUUGGAAUAUCUCAGUUUGGAAUAUAAUGACAUUCAGCUCAUCAUGGCCGGCUCAUUCAGUCCCAUGCCGAAUUUGAGGGUCCUAUUUCUUAACAACAACUUGCUUAAAUCUCUUCCUGUGGAUGUGUUUCAAGGGGUGGCUUUGUCCAAAAUCAGCCUGCACAACAAUUAUUUCACAUAUCUCCCAGUGCCUGGUGUUUUAGAUCAGCUCAACUCCAUUAUACAAAUUGAUUUGCAUGGAAACCCAUGGGAUUGCUCGUGUAAGAUUGUUCCUUUCAAACAGUGGGCAGUUAAACUUGGGCCAGACGUCAUUGUAAGUGAUCUAAAAUGCGAGUCCCCACCGGAGUCUUGGGCGCGGGAUUUUCGGCGCAUUAGCAAUGAGCUACUGUGUCCACGGAUGAAAGACAACAUCUCUCCCACCUCCCUCUCCAAGAACAGCACUUUCCCUGUAGACACGGGGACACGGUCCAACAACUAUCUGGAACCCAGCAGAGUAUCCAUCUCUGUACUGGUGCCUGGCUUGCUGCUGGUCUUUGUCACGUCGGCAUUUACUGUUGUGGGAAUGCUCGUCUUUAUCUUACGGAAUCGUAAACGAUCAAAGCGAAGAGAUGGCAACUCAUCGGCCUCAGAGAUAAAUUCUCUACAGACUGUAUGCGACAGCUCAGCUUACUGGCAUAGUGGAUUCAACGCAGACGCACCGCAUAGGAAUUAUGACUGUGGAGCCCACUCCCUUUCCGACAAGUAACGUUAUGCUUAAAGAUGUAAGGACAGCUCAUGCUGGAAUACAAACUAGAGAAAUAAGCAAAUAAACUGCGUGCCAUGAAAAAAAGUGAAACGACUGAGGGGAAAAGACGCAUUGCCUACUUCAAAGCUUCUUAGUCGCUUCUUUCGGAAUUAGCCUAUUUUUUGUGUUCUCCAGUUGACUGUAGUUGUCAACGAGCCUCUACUACAGAACUAAGUGUAAUAUAUGUAAAGAUCCCCUCCCCCUACCCAGUACAGACAUUUGCCGCAAUCAGACCGAACAUCAGAGGAAGGAGGACUUGGAAAUGGUGCACGAGCAUGAAUGUAAUGUAAAUAAAACUGUAUCAUAUCUGCAUGAUUCGCAUGGUCUCAACACACACUGGGGUCCAUACCAUAGUUACAAAGAAACAAACUCGAACCUUCUUUCGUGUUAUCAAUAUAAAUAUAUAUAAAUAUAAAACUAUAUAUGAAUAUAUUCAAAGUGCCAUUUCUCUAUUUUUUGUGACAAAACGCAGUUAGGAUUUGUAUUUGUUGUUUUAUUCUGUUAUCAAGCGGAAAUGAACAAAAAGAUGGGAGGAAACUUGUAAAUGCAUGUUCUUUCUGUUUAUCAUUUGAUUGUUGAUUGAUAUCAGGAUUAUUUAUACUUUUCGCAGACUUUGGACAUCUGCUGAGUCACCUCCUUAUGAAUGUAAAAUGUGUUAUCUUAUGGUGUGCCAAUUGUUGACAUUCAGAUAUAUGGGACGCAGACAAGCAUGACCAACUAACGUCACUCCAGUGCUUAUGCUGCGAAGUUAAUGUAGCCACAAACGGUUCCUGAUUUUGUGUGGUUAUGGGUUGCAAUGGAUGAAAUGAUACUGUCUGCCAGAAAAGGGAUAGACACGGUGGUUUUGUAAUGGCCUAUUUUUCAAAAGUAAAGUGUUUUCAAUUAAAGCAAUGUUUCGGUAUGUGCAGAGUCAGGAAUAGGUAAUGGUACAAGUACUGGGUGCGACUAGAAUGCUUUUUUAUGACCAUAAAGAAGUGCUCCCCCACGAAGACUAUUAUCCACUUUAACUAUUGUGAGCUUUUGUAAAGCCAUCUAUUUCGUCCAAAUAUGUCAAAAUGAAAUGACAUUUUAUAACUAACAUGUCCGUAAUGUAGAGCAGGAAGUGUAAAUAUGUAACCCUAACAUGAGACACAUCAAGGGAGACAGACCACUGCAUUUGACUUGUGCCAGAGAGGCGGAUGAGAGGGACCGCUAUUCUGGAGAAGUUCCUCUCAAGGUGUCGCUGUUGUAUCUCCGCCUGUUCAAAUGAUGAGAGCAAAAGGUGUACUGAGGUGGGAUAACGUCUGCAGCUUGGCUCUUGUCAUGAAAGAAUGCAUGGACAAUGAAUACGUGCAUCGGGAUCUGCGCCAGCGAGAGAAUUAUCAAGAAUUGCGUCGUCGAGUAUUUUUAAGAUUACAUUUUACAAACAAAUACAUGUAUAGAGAAAAAAACGCAAGGAAGUACCAUCAAAGAUAGUCUCUGAUAACUUACUGCUGAUAUUCACUUGUUCUGCAUUUUCAUUAUGUCAGUAAUCUUACAACUAUUCUAUGUUUUAUUUAUUUGUUUUUAUUUUGUAUGAAUGAAUGAGACCAGCCUGCCCACCUUAUGUUUUAAAUUGAAAGGUCAGAUGUGUGUGGUGGUUUGAGAUAAAUCGAUAUAAAUCAAAAGUGAUGUAAUGGGACAGAUAUGGAGGCCUCCAUUGGAUUGUGGUCUGUAUGAAGGAACAGGUGUUAGACCUAGACUGACGGCAUAGACUCUCUGUUCCAUUGUGAGCUCAGACACAUUGGAUUGAGUGGGGAAGAAGCCCUUUACUUUAUCAAAGCAUUUCUUUAUUCGUGAAGCAGGAAUGAUCAGAUUAAUAAGGCACUUUCCUGUGGGUAUUUAAAAUACAGCUGAACAUAUUGCUGAAAUCAGAUAGGUUAUCAUGGGAAACACUGAUAGAUGCCCCUACACACAGACAGACAGAUACACACACACACACACACACACACACACACACCUUUACCAUGGAAAUUGAAGCCUGACCUUCGGAUCUAUUAUUUCUGUGUCAACUUUUUUUCGGGGGCUGCCCAUCACUCCAAGCUGACUGCACAUCACGAGGGAAGAUAAUUAUCUGUUUACUGUGUAAUGUGGUACCACAGCUCAUCUAUUAUUUGUCGCAGCAUUCUCGAUGAUGUGUCUCAGAAUGACAUUUCUAUGCUUUGCUACAUUCGACCUGCCUAUUUUUUUUUUAAAUAAAAUGUGGUUGAGGUGGAGUAA